AGCAAAAUGAAGACUGCCCUAAUUUUGCUCAGCCUUUUGGGAAUAGCCUGUGCUUUCUCAGUAAAAAACUUAUACCGAAGGGUCAAAUUAGAGGAUUCUGAAGAAAAUGCGGUCUUCAAUCAUAGACAUCGAUAUUAUAUUUACAAAUAUUCUUACCUUUACCCACCUCUAAAACGAAUUCCAGUUCAGCACAAUGGUGAUUCAUCUGAGGAAGGUGAUGGUGAAAGCUCAGAAGAGGAGGAAGAGGAAGAGGAAGAGACUUCAAAUGAAGAAGAAGAAGAAGAAGAAACAGAGUCUAAUGGAAGUGAAGAAUCUACCACUGUAUCUGCUAUUACACCUGGAUAUGGAGAGGACAAUACCACUGCAAGUGUGGAUGUGGGUUUAGCAGCACUUCAAAUUCCAAAGAAGGAAGAAGAAAGUAAAAAUAAGAACGUUACAAAAAAGGAAGAAAGUGAUGAAGAAGAAGAGGAGGAAGAGGAAGAGGAAGAGAACGAAGAAAGUGAAGCUGAAGUAGAUGAAAAUAACGAAGGAGGCAAUGGUACCAACCAUGAAAAUGCUGAAGGAGAAAAUGGAAAUGGGAACAGUGGGACAGAGGAUGGAGAAGAGGAAGAGGAAGUAGAAAAUGGCACUGAAGCCACGGAAAAUGAAGAAGAGGCCAGCAACAGCACCGAAGCGACGACCUUUCUGAAUGGCAGGUAUGAGUCUACUACCCUUUCAAAAGGGGAUAAUGGAGUUACUCCCCUUCCAUAUGAGGAAAGCACCAGCAAUCUUUAUGAUGGAGGAUAUGAAGAACCGAUCACUAAUGAAUAUGAUAAUGGCUAUGAAGUCUAUGAAAAUGAGAAUGCAGAACCACGUGGUGACAAUUACAGAACAUACGAGGAUGAAUACAGCUACUACAAAGGGCAUGCGUACAAUGGCUAUGGAGGUCAAGAUUACUACUAUCACCAGUAA